CAUUAGUAUGUCCCAUGUGUUACCCAUGUGAGCGACUCGUUGAAUCAGAAGAAACUGUAAAUUAAUGAAUUUUUUGUGUGUUUACUCUUCUAAAAGCUUAUUGUAAAUCCUGUGCAAAUUAAGAAAAAGAGGAAGAAAUCGUCAUUAAUUGAAGAAAAGUUUCACGAGAUGGAAGAACCAGAUAACAUUAAUAUUGAAGAAGGAAUGGAGAACAAGAGUGCAAAACAAUCUAAGGAUCCCAAGCGAAAGGCAAAUGACACAGUCUCGGAUGGUGGGGUCUUACGGCCUCUCAAACUGUCCAAAAAGGAGCUAUUCAAAGCCCCCACAGUGGAAGAGCUCAAUCAGCUGAAAGAAGCAGAAAAUCUCUUCCACUGUAGCAUAUUGAAAAUGCAGAUGGAAGAACUGCUGAAAGAAGUGGCCCUUAGUGAGCACAGGAAGAAGCUGGUGGACUCUUUUGUGCAGGAGGUUACAGAUUCACUGCAGUCUGUGCCUGAUUCUGAAGUUGUGGAGUUGGAUGAUCUUUCAUGGUUGCCAGGUGUGGAAGUCCCAUUCCUCUUCGCCUCGCUGGAAUCAAAAGGCAAAUUUCACAUGGAGCCUCCUGCAUCAAUUGAUGUGGUAGGCAGUUAUCCACUGGGGACCUGUAUCAAACCCAGAGUCAUUGUGGACUUGGCUGUCACUAUUCCAGCUUCUAUUUUGCACCCGAUGGAUGCCAUUAACCAGCGGUACCCACGAAAGCGAGCGCUGUAUUUGGCUGGCCUGGCGCAGCACCUCUGCUUCUCAGAGUCUGUGGGUUCACUCUGCUACUCAUGUCUCCAUGGCAACCGGCUUCGCCCAGUCCUACUUCUCAAACCCACAGGUAAAGACAGCAGUAAGGUCACGUUGCGGAUUCAUGCCAUUCCUCCUCCGGACUUCCUUAAACCUAGCCGCUUUCAUCCUCGGAAAAACAACAUCAAGACUGAGUGGUUUACAGGUGUUGCCAAUAAGCAGCAAGAGAGCAGUGGGCCCGCUACUCCUCAUUAUAACAGCACAGUUCUUGGAGAUCAUCUCCCACUGUCACAUCUUCAGUUCCUAUCAGCCAUCAGCGCACAGUGUCCUGCUUUUGGAGAUGGUGUCGCCCUCCUCAAAGUGUGGAUGAGACAGAGAGAACUGGACCAGGGUGCAGGUUGUUUUUGCGGCUUCCACGCAUCAAUGUUAAUGGCUUAUCUUCUAUCCACACACAAAGUGGGCAAAACCAUGAAUGCGUACCAGCUGUUCAGGAAUGCACUGCACUUCUUGGCUUCCACAGAUCUGACAGAGAGCGGGAUCACCUUGGCUAGAAACCCAGACUCAAAAGCGCCCUCACUGCAGGACUUCCAGGCAGCAUUCUCCGUGGUCUUUGUGGACCCGUCUGGGCAUCUCAAUCUGCUUGCAGACAUGACAGCUUUUACCUACAAACAGAUCCAGCACGAGGCAUCACUCUCGCUGAAGUUCUGGGAUGAUCCGACUGUAGACAGCUUCCAGGCUCUGCUCAUGACGUCCAAAGCCAUGAUCAGAACAUAUGACAAUGUCUUUCAACUGAGUGGGCUGGUGAAUUUGCAGGCCUCUUGUAAGAAGCUUUCACUCCUCAAUGAGCUCAUGGACCACAGCGGGAACUAUGUCCUAAGUGCACUUCCUUUCAUUUUGUCCCUCUUGCAACGAGGGCUUGGAGAAAGGAUCAACCUUCUGGUACACUCACUCCCUCAAGACCCUGAGUGGCCGGUGGACAGUUCACCUCCUAAGCAUAAGGACCAGCCGCCUUUGAAUAUUGUUUGA